AUGCAGUGUUGGUGGGAUAAGUUGAAUGUGGUUCAGGAGGGCUUUCAGGAGGUGGAAGACCUCCUGAAGCAAAUGGAUAAGAUCUUGAUAUGGAAUGUGAGGGGUCUCAACAGCCAACAGAAGAAAAAAGAUGUAAAUCUGGUGAUUAAUAGCCAGAAAGUUGGCUUAAUUGGGCUCCUUGAAACAAAGGUGAAGGCUCACAAUAUGGGUGAGAUUUACCUCAAUAUGUUUAAGGGGUGGUGCUUCACUUCUAACUCUUCUUAUCAUAGAGGAGGAAGAAUUGUUUUGGCCUGGAAUCCUAAAAAUUUUCAGGUUAAUAUUCUUAUGUGCACUAGUCAGGUGAUACACUGCCUGCUCACACCUGCAAGUGGUCUUCAAAGGCUUCACUGCACAAUUGUUUAUGCUAGCAAUGAUGCAAAAGAAAGAGAAGUAUUAUGGCAAGACUUGGAGAACAUUGUAAAUGGUAUACAAAUACCAUGGGUAGUAGUAGGAGACUAUAACUGUGUUCUUAAUCCACAUGAGAGAAUAGGUUCCAUAGUGAGACAACAAGAAACAGAGAGACUUCAGAGAGCAAUGGUAAAUCAUGAGUGGAUAGAGUACUUCCCUAUAGCUAUGACUCAUUUUCUCUCUGAAGGGCAAAUUGAUCAUAGUCCUGUUGUGAUUAUGGUUUACCCUAAUCUGGUGAUUGGGAAACACCCUUUUCAGAAAUUGAAGCAUACAAAACAAGCAUUGAAGAAGCUAGAUGCAGCAAGUUUUCCUGAGAUUCAGAGCAAGGAUAUAACAACCUAUCAGAAAAUGAUCACCUGCCAAGAAGAGUUGCAAAGGAGUCCUCAGGAUGCAGCUUUAGGAAGUGAAGAAUAUCAAGCUUGCAUGACUUAUAGGCUUAUUCACAAAAGUUAUCUUGCUUUUUUAGCUCAAAAUGCAAAGAUGAGAUGGUGUAAAGAUGAUGAUGAAAACACAACCUUGUUUCAUCAAUCAAUCAAGGCUAGGAAGCUUCAGAACACAGUCUAUGCUAUUAAUGAUAUGAAUGGACAUUAG